AUGUACCGAGUCGGGUUUAUCGCUGCAUUGCUUUUGAGCGCCAACUGCCAAUAUGCGCAGUCCGGUGGAUUUGGCGGAGCGCCUCAAUAUGGCGGAGCACCCCAAGUAGCACCUCAAUCAUACGGCGGCGGCGGCGGUGGCUAUGCGACUGCCCCUCAAGCACCUCCUCCACCUCCACCACCAAUGGCUCCUCAAGGAUAUUCGGCCCCUCAGGCCCCACCUCCACCAAGCUACGCUCCACCAGCUCCUCAGGCGCCCCCACCGCCUCCACCACCACCGCCACCACCUCAGGCUCCUCCUCCUAGUUACGCUCCACCAGCUCCUCAAGCCCCUCCACCACCUCCACCACCUCCUCCACCACCACCGCCACAGGCUCCUCCUCCAAGCUACGCUCCACCAGCUCCCCAGGCGCCUCCUCCACCACCACCACCACCUCCUCCACCACCUCCUCCACCAGCCUACUCUCCACCUGCUCCUCAGGCUCCUCCUCCACCACCACCACCACCUCAAGCUCCUCCACCACCACCACCAGCUCCAACUGGCUACUCCCAGGGACCCGCUGCUGCCCCACCAGCUCCAGCUCCUCCACCACCCAUGCCUGCUCCUCCUCCACCCCCACCACCGCCUCAGGCUCCUCCUCCACCACCAGCAGCGCCCGCUCCAGCCCCUGCCCAGAACUCUUAUGGAGAUGAGCCCGUUGCUCCACAAUCAUCCGGUGGAUACCGUCACAGACAUCGCAAAGUCUUCCGUCAUAAGCACAGAAAGGUGGCCAAGAAGGUGUUCCGUCACAAGGCUCGCAAAGUGGUGCGCAAGAUCGCUCGACGCGCUCGUAUC